CACGAGAACUUGCAGAGGUGGAUGAAAGAGUAAAUAUUAAUAUUUUAAGGGAAAAUAAUACUGAUACUAAUAUAGAUAGCAGUAAUAUAGUAUCAUCUUCAGUGUUCGAUCUUGAAUCUGGAUUAAAUGACGAGAAUGAGUAUCUUGUCAAGAAUACCACUAAGACCAUUCUGAAAAACAAAGACUACUUGCCCAACUCAUUGGAGCAUAAGAAAUAG